AUCACAUAUAUAAGGAGCUGCAGAACAUUUUAGGCUGUUGUCAUUAUCGAAAUGUGGCUGUUUUGGAUUGGAGGACUUUUGAGUUGCCUUGUAGGGGCUGCGUAUGGUGGUGAGGUGUGCUAUGGAGAACUUGGCUGCUUCUCUGAUGAUUAUCCAUGGAGCGGCAGUAUUGAGAGGCCCAUUGCCCGCUUACCAUGGAGCCCUGACGCGAUCAACACUGGGUUUUUCCUCUUUACACAAGAGAAUCCUAAUAACUACCAGGUAAUCAGCGCAAACAGAGAUUCCAUUGCUGGAUCCAAUUAUAAAUCAUAUAGAAAGACUCGUUUCAUAAUCCAUGGAUUCAUUGACAAAGGAGAUGAGAACUGGCUCCUGGACAUGUGUCAGGUUAUGCUGACUGUUGAGGACAUAAACUGUAUCUGUGUGGACUGGAAAUCCGGCUCAAGGACACUCUACACACAGGCCGCCAAUAACAUUCGAGUGGUUGGAGCUCAGGUGGCUCAAAUGAUUGCUAUUUUUAGGGACAGUUUCCAGCAGAGUCCUGCCAAUGUCCAUGUCAUUGGGCACAGCCUGGGUGCACACUGUGCUGGAGAGGCCGGCCGAAGGACUCCAGGGCUGGGCAGAGUUACAGGUUUGGACCCUGCUGAGCCCUACUUCCAGGGCUGUCCUGCUCUAGUACGACUGGACCCCACUGAUGCCUCAUUUGUUGAUGCCAUUCACACAGAUGGCCUUCCUAUUGUCCCUUAUCUUGGCUUUGGAAUGUCUGACCCUGUUGGACACAUUGACUUUUUUCCAAAUGGAGGAGAGGAGAUGCCUGGCUGUGACAAGAACAUAAUCUCACAAAUUGUGGACCUUGAUGGCAUCUGGGAAGGUACCCGCGACUUUGUGGCCUGCAACCAUCUGAGAUCCUACAAGUAUUACAGUGACUCCAUAGAGACCCCCGCAGGAUUUCUGGGAUACCCCUGCUCUAACUACGCACAGUUUGAGUCUGGACAGUGCUUCCCUUGUGCUGACGGUGCGUGCGCUACCAUGGGUCACUUUGCCGACACGUUCAAUGUACCCAAUGGAGCGGAAAAUUUGAAGUUCUAUCUGAACACAGCCGAUAGUCGCCCCUUUGCACGUUAUCGCUACAAAGUGUCCGUAACUAUCGAUGGCUCUCGAAGCAAUGUAGGCUACUUCAAUGUGGCUCUGUAUAGUGCCACUGAAAAUACUCGCCAGUAUCAGAUUUACAGUGGCACACUGACUCCUGGGAAGACCUACGAGCUCCUGAUCGACGUGGAAAAGGAUGUGGGUGAUCUGAGCUAUGUGAAGUUUUUGUGGAACAACAACAUUAUCAACCCACUGCUGCCAACCUUUGGUGCCACUCAGAUUACAGUGCAGAGAGGAAGGGACCGGAGAGUGUUCAAUUUCUGUGGAAAGGAUCAGGUGCGGGAGAACGUCCUCCAGACACUGACUGCCUGCUAAUGAAGAUAAAGUUAGAUUAGAUUAAUCAUCUUAAUAAAAGCAUUAACACUAA